GUACAGAUAGUGGCUGCACCUGCUCAUGGUCGCACUCCCUACUCACAUUACCAGCAACUACCAGAACUACAGCAUGAUGCUUAAUUGUACAAAGAUUAAGGACGUGCUGGAGAGGUACUACCUGUCACCGUCUUAUGGCAUCGAGUUCUGCAUUGGUUUCCCCGGCAACCUUCUGGUUAUACUUGGCUACAUAUUUUGUUUGCCGAAGUGGCAGAGCUGUAAUAUUUACCUCUUCAGCCUGGCAGUCUCCGACCUUAUUUUCCUCUGCACGCUGCCACGCCUCUCGUACCUUUAUGCAAAUGGCCAAUCAGAGACCAGUCCCUAUGCUUGUGUUAUCAACCGCUAUGUCCUCCACGUCAACCUCUACUCAUCCAUCCUGUUUAUGGUUUGGCUUAGCAUGGAUCGCUUCCUGCUCAUAAAACAUCCAACACAGAACCACUGCCUGCUGAGGCCGCGAUCAGCCCUGAUUGUGACGUGUUUGAGCUGGCUAGCAGUCAACGUGGAAGUGGCUCCAAUGAUAUCACUGAUGGUCCACGACCUUCAGCAAGGAAACUGGAGUCAGUGCAAGGAUUUUGCCAGCCUCAAAGGAGACGUGAAUACUUUGGGCUACAGCCUGGGGCUAACCUUUACAGGUUACUUUCUCCCUCUGCUUGGACUUUGCGGUUUCUCCUACCAAAUUGCACAUCUGCUCCGUGCCCAGGAAAUGGCUGUGCAGCGCAAGAAAUCGUCGUACAAGCGGCCUCUCAGGGUUGCUCGAUCGGCUGCGAUCUUGUUUCUGGUUCUCUACUCUCCCUAUCAUGUGCUGAGAAAUGUCAGAAUAGCGACUGGGCAGGCCAGGGCAGGGCUGCAACUGUGCACGAAGAUGUACAUAGAGGGCCUGUACAUCUUGACCAGACCGUUGGCCUUCUUGCACAGUGUCAUCAACCCUGUUUUCUACUUCUUAAUGGGUGACAAGUUCAGAGAGCUCCUAUUCGCUAAGCUCCGAAAGCUGGUGGGGAAGACGGAGCCUCGCAGAGAGUCAGCCUGA